AACAUUGGAACAUCUCGUAUCGAAACAUCAGCGGAGGGAGUAAAUAAAUCACAAUCAAUUUUUUGAUUUCCUAGGUAGCAGAGUCUAGGAAGAAACAUUAUAAAAAAAGUCAGAUUUUAUAGCUAUUGAUUAUAAUGUGUAGUGCCGAGAUAUAAUAUUGUUCGUGAAAAUGCAUUUUUCGAUCCCAGACGUGCAACAAUUCCGUGAUGAUAAUGGAAUCACUUAUACGGGAUAUAAUAUUUACAUCGAUGGGUUUUUUCAUUGUGCUACGCGAUAUAAACAACUGCUUAGUCUACAUGAACAGCUUCAGGCACAAAAUCCUUACCUCAAGCUACCACAGUUUCCUCCAAAAAAACUCUUCCUUACAAAUUCUCAGAUUGAAGAAAGAAGAGUUCUAUUAGAAAAAUACAUACAAUUAGUGGGACAAAAUCCUAUUUUGGCAUACUCUGAUAUACUCACAACAUUCCUUUUUUCGGCUCAACAAGAAACUCACUGUGUCCGAGUGCAUGAAGUUGAUAUAGAAAUAUUUUUAAUGAAUGGCUAUAGAAUACCAUUGUCAGUAUCAUCAACGGAUGCCUCCGGUGCUGUCUUAGAUAUAGCCUGUAAUUACAUUAAUUUAUCAAAAGACUUUAUAAAGUUUUUCUCUUUAUACUUAUUCAAUUGGAGCUGUGCUAAAGAUGGUCAGCCAUGCUUGAAAAAGCUAGAGGAAUAUGAAUCUCCAUACAUAUCUCAGAAGUAUGUUAGACCUGAUGAUAAAAUUGUGCUUAGGAAAAGUUAUUGGGAUCCAUGCUAUGACACAGAUGUGAUGUCAGAUAGAGUGUCAUUAGACCUGUUAUAUUUACAAACAAUACAAGAUAUUGAUUUAGGAUGGAUUGUAGUAAAUUCACAAACAAGGGAUGUUUUAAAUUCACAUGAAUCAAGGAAAGAAAAGAAAGAGUACAUAGAAGUGGCCCGUAGCUGCCGGUACUACGGCAGAGUGCCCGCGGGCGAGGCGGUAACGGAAGCGCACAACGUGACGGGCGGAGCGUCUAGCGGAGCGGGUGGCGGGCCGUGCCGCGUUCGUGUCUCCCUCGCCUCGAAAGAACUGACGCUAACCAGCGUGACGCAACCGUCUCGGGAGCAACGCUACAAAGUUACCAGGAUGAGAUGCUGGAGGAUAACCACUUUGCAUACCAUGGAGAAACCACAGACUAACGGCCAUGGUUCUCUAUUAGACGACACCAAUAAGCAUUUCGAACUCUCAUUUGAAUAUCUUAUAAGUAAAGACAAUCUCGAAUGGAUCACGUUAAGGACAGAACACGCAAUAUUCAUAAGUGUCUGCUUACAGUCGAUAGUGGACGAGCUGAUGCGUCAGAAGAGCGGGUGCGGCCCGUCGUCUCCGCGGUGCAAGCGCGGCGGCCUCACCUACCUGCGCCGCGACGGCUCCAGCCACCUCGUCACCCCCUCCUCCUCCAGCGACACGCUCAGCUCGCUCAAUGGAGAUUCAAUGACAUCCGGCAGUUCGCGGGAAAUAUUUUCCGUUCAGAAAUUAACAGAAAAAUUCGCGUCCGUCUCCUUCAAGACGGGUAAAGAUUGUGUUGAAAACAACGCCUUUGAAGCGAUAGGAGAUGAGGAAUUGUAAAUAACUUCGGUUUUUAUCAAAGUUGCCAAUGAUAUAUGUAAAAAUAAAAAAAAAUCCACUGUACAGUUGAAAAACUAUUUUAUGUAGAUAUUUCGAUUAAUUCCUUUGUGGCUAUGAAUUCUAAAAUUGGCUGCCAUCCUUGCCAAGUUAUUCCUAAAUUCUAAAAAUUGUUAUUUUUGUAUACGAUAAAGAUUUUAUUUACGUUAUAUGAAAUCAAUAAUACCAAUUAAUACCAUCCAUUGUGGCGUUGUCCAGGUUUUUUUACAAUUUUUCAUAUGUAAAACAUAUCUUUAGGCCUAAUUGAUAUCAUUAUUUAGGUUAGAAUAAUUAGGAUAGAAUAAAUAUUUGUUAGUGAUGUUUGUAAUAAGAUGUAUGACGUCAUAUGUCUUAAACUAAAAUGUAAUCGAAUUUUAUCAACAGGUUUUGUCUAUAUUUACAUUUAUUACAUAAGUAUUGUAAAUCUAGUUUAAGCAUUUUUUUUUACUCUAUUUCCACUCAAUAUUAAUACUCAUGUAAUAUACUUGGAGAAAUAAAGCGCAUAUUUUAAAUAUUGCAUAAAAUUUUUGUUACAUAAAGUAUUUGUAAUACUAACGAAACUCGAAUAUCUAGGCAUAGAUAAUAGUGCCAUUUUUUAACAUCUAACCUAAUAUAUGAAAAUUUCAAGAUAUAAUUUUGUCAUUUAUAAAAAAAAUCGGUUUACCUGUUUCCGUUCUACAUGUAUUGUUUAAAUUAAUAUAAGCUACCAUGAUUAUACCAGAUUGAUUUUUAGUAUUUAAAUAAAUUGUAUAUAAUAUAAUAUAAUUAUCUAUUCCAAUUACAAAUGUAAAUUGGAAGUUAUGUUUAGAUAUUAUAUAUAUCAUCUCCCCUGCCUUAUCAUACUCCUGUAGUGUCGGCGCACCGGGUUUUCCUCCUCCGAAUAACUCUACCAUCCGUCAUCUCUCCCUUCUUGAUCAUGUCACCUGAUAUACAGUCUAUACUAAUAGACGACAGAUGUGUAACCUAUAAUCAUUUUGUACAACAUUGGUAUGUAAUAUAAUUUGAUGUCUCGUUAUUCCGAAGUCAGUAUUCAGAAAUGUACCCAUACAUUAUAUAUGUUCUUUAAUAAUAAAAAAAUGGCUUAACCAAGAAUAUGAAUAUCAUGAUCUGUGGGCCAUUGAAUUGCCUUUUAUAUUAUGUAAAUGUAUGUGCAUAAGUUAUUACUUCCAUAUUUUUCUGGAAUUUGUUGAGGAUUUUAUAACUAAAAAUAUUACAAACUAACUGUUGUCCGCGACUUCAAUAAAAAGGUGCCUAUAAUAUACUUGUCUAUGUCCAGCUACCCUCCAGUGAAAGUCUGGUCGAAACCGGCCCAGCCAUUUCGGGGUUUACCCAAAACAAAUGCGGCUUGCGGAAAGACAGAAAAAAAAAAUCUAAAUGAGAUUUUCGUUAUCAUGCAAAUACAUUAUUUUCCUGAAGUCUGAUGUUACAAAUAGACACUCCAUUUUUAUUAUAUAUAUAGAUACAAUAUCGAUUUUGUAUCUGUAAUAUUAACUAUCAAAGUGAGUAGUAAAUAUUGUGAUUUAUUGUCAGAGAUUUAAAUUAUACAUUUAAUAAAAAAAUGAUACUUUUUUAUGCCUUUAUAAUUAUGUUUGUAUAGAUUA